UGUACACUUCUGGCAUAAUGUCUCCACGUGUAGUGCGUGGUGCGUGUCCGUAGAGAAUAGACAUUAUUUUUUUUCAUUUAUAGAAUAGUGUUUUCAUUUAUGACCGACAGACGAACCUGAGUAAUUCUUAACAUGGCAGUGGCAACGCAGGAGAAGGGCAGAGGGCUGAGAUUUGCCGAGCAGCAGCUACUCCGCCACGGUUGGGAGCAAGGAAAGGGCCUAGGAAAGGGCGAGAACGGCAUCUCCGAGGCAAUCAAAGUCAAAGUGAAAUGUGACAAGGGAGGGGUUGGCCAUAAAGAAGGUGAGCAGUUUACGUUUCACUGGUGGGAUCAUGUCUUUAAUAAAGCCUCUUCCAAUUUGGCUGUGGAGUCAGGCCAGGAUGGUGUGGUGCUGAAGAAAGUAGAAGGAGAAGAGGAGGAGGGAAUGAUCUCAAAUAAGAAGCCACGCAAAGCCAGCUUAAACAAGUCUUCUCUCUAUGGCUGUUUUGUUAAGUCAGCCACUCUCCUCUCGGGGGAAGAACAUCCUGAACGUAGAUCAUCCAGCUCAGAUGACAGCAGCAGUUCAGACGAUGAGGAGAAGUUAGACCUUUCCAGCACCACCAAGUUAUCUGAUGAAGCGUUGAUGAAAGCCUGUGGAGGACGCACUGCACAUAAAGGUGCCAGGCACGGCCUUACAAUGAGUGCCAAACUAGCCAGACUGGAGCAACAAGAGCAGGAAUUUAUGGCAAAGUAUGGCAAGAAGAUACAGACAGCCAAACCUACAUCUCAGAAUGAAGAUCCUCCUUGCUCGACUGAGUCAAGUUUCAAUGGUGGCAAACAGGACUCAGAUGAACUCUCAGACAAUUGUGCCCAGGAGGGUGACACCAAUAGAGAAGUCGCUCAGAUCCAGCAUAGUGACCCGACAUCAAAAAAGCAAAAGAAACGGUCAAAAGAGAAACCUUCAGAAAUGCCAGAUGCUUUAGUGGACAAUGAUGAGACAGUCAGCACCGAGAAAAAGAAAAAGAGAGACUAUUUCAAAAAUGUGAUGGCUCCUGCAAAGGAAGUGAAUGGAUCCAUCCUCUUGGAUGAGGAUUCUGCACAGAGCUUUCAGCAAUGUGAGGAGACUGUGGCACCAGAGACAGACGAGACUGCACAUCCACUGACAGGUGACAGGGUUUCCAAGAAGGAAAAAAAGAAAAAGAAGAAACACUCUAAACAAAAGGGUACUUUAGAGGAAGAACUGAGUGAGAACAAUGUGGUGGCCAGUGAGGACUCAGUAGAUACUACAAAGAGUCAUGGACAGGAGCAGCAGGAAGGGGGCAGUGUUGUGCUUCAAACUGCAUGCAACAGUGUCCCCAAGAAGAAGAAAAAGAAGUCCUCCAAAUCCAAUAGAGAGGAAUCCUCAGCUACAGAACUCGAAACCCCAUCUGUUUUAGAAUCCAGCACUGUAGACAUGAGCACUACAGUAGAGAAUAUGGAAGCAGCUGCUGGAGAGAGAGAGAAAUCAAAAUCUAAGAAAAGAAAACAGUGCAGAGAGGAGGAUCAGAAUGAGGUGCUUGUAAACGGGUUAUUAGAUGAACUCACAGAAAAGAAAAAGAAGAAAAAAAAGAAGCAUGAAAAGUAGUUUAACUUAUUGGAUUAUAUAAAUUGAAUACUUUGAACUCAAGAGGCAUAAUAAGCAUGACUGGAAACAAUUUCUGCUGAAGUGCCUUAAGAAUCCUGUUGUAUUUAUGGUCUGAUGGUGAUCUCUGAGGGUUCAGUGUCACAUUCACCCCAAAGAUCACAGAUUUUACAUUGCCUUAAUGCUUUUAAUGUACUGUGACUUAUGAUUUGUUAUGCACUGGGAAAAUGUAUCAUUCUUAAAUUGGUAUUGUAACUUGUUCCUCCUUAUAUACAGCAAUAGGACAAUACAAUAUAUACAGCAGUAGGGCAAGAGUCAUUAAAUGAAACAAAUCUACUUAGAUCCAUGAACAUGCUCAAUGCUCUUUUGUCACAAACUUUGACUCUUUAGUUAUGAAAUGAAUUGAAUUUUGAAAUUAGCCACCAUUUAAAAAUAAGCUAUUUUGUUUACAAAUCCCUUAUGAUGCAUGAUCCUCAUUUCUUUAAGAUGCAUGCAGAUAUCCAAAAAGGGCAUCACAUCAUCAUGAGACAUUUUA